AGAGCCUUGGUAAAUUAGUCAUGAAAUAGGUAAUACAGAUUUAUUGAAAAAGCGAUAUUGCCAGUAUCUGUUGCUUACAAGCCAGGAAAGCAGUCUGAUUAGCUAGCUUUCUGCACCAUUCUUACCUCUUCACUCUCUUCCUAAAUACAAAAGGCUACGCCGUUUCAGUUGACUACCAACUAGUUCCACACCGCAGCGUUAUCGUGUCGGAUCAGAUCGGACUUCGAUGAAGGCAGGCUAUUGAAAUUGCUUCCUCUCCUAAGAGAGAUCCAUCUGUUAUGUUCCCCUGCUUGGAAGACAUGAAAUUGUAUAAUAUAGGAAAAUAUAUGGCACUAUCAUCAACUUGCAGCCUGAUGUUGGUACGGUCAGAAUUUGGGAAGCUUGAUUAUUGAAAGUUGUGAUCGUUUAAAUGAUUUUAUAAUCACACUCUGGGGUUGUUUGUCUUGAAAUAAUUGAUUGUAAGAGCAUGGCAGAAAUUAUGGAAGCACAGAAAAAGCACGUAAAGAUUUUAUUCCCUCAAUUACGCUCCUUAAGGAUGGAAAAUCUUCCACAGCUCCGAGGAUUCUACGUUGGUGACACCAUUAUUGAUCUCCCAAAUCUGGAAGAAGUAAUAGUGAAUCAAUGCCCCAAACUUGAGAUCUUCAGUCACCUUGUAUCUGCUCCCAAAUUGCAGUAUGUAAAGACAUCCAAACAAGGUACAACUGCUAGGAUAUGGAGCCAAGAUCUUAAUGCCCCGGUUUCACAGUUGCACAAAGGACAGUUCACAAUUUGGACGGAUGAAACUGAAAGCAAAGGUAAGCCACAAGUAGAAGCUGCCGGAGCAUCAGGCACACAACGAGAAGACGCUGUAGAUGAGAAAGCAAUACCAAGUGAAAAAACUGAGGUGAUUUCGGGAGUUACGUCAGAAUUGGACAUGCCAUAUCCCAUAUCUGAUGCUGAAAGUCAAGGGACAUCGUCAAGUCAUGAAAUAGAACAUGAGACUGCUCAAAAAGAAGUUGAGGUUCUUGAAUUGACAGACCAUGCUCGUCUGUCAAGAGAGGCUGCUUCCACGUCUGCAUUAUCCACCCCUAGUAAUAUAGAUGUAGUGGAACCGGUUGCUAUAAUUCCUUCCUCCAAACAUGAUGAAACAGAAGUAGCUGCAGCCACAAUGACAACCAUUGAAUUGUCAGACCAUGUCCGUCUGUCAAGAGAGGCUGCUUCAACAUCUGCAUUAUUAAUGCCAAGUGAUGAAGAUGUGAAACCAGUUGCUAUAAUUCCUUUCGCCAAAGAUAAUGAUACAGGAGUAGCCUCAGCCGCAAUGACAACCAUUGAAUCGACAGAUCAUGUCCAUCUGUCAAGAGAGGCUACUUCAAUGUCUGCAUUAUCCACACCAAGUGAUAUAGAUACUGUGGAACCGGUUGCUAUAGUUCCUUCCUCCGAAGAUUAUGAAACAGGAGUAGCUGCAGCCACAAUGACAACCAUUAAAUCAACAGGCCAUGUCCAUCUGUCAAGAGAGGCUGCUUCAACGUCUGCAUUAUCUUCCAACGAAGCCACAAUGACAACCAUUGAGCAGAGGGUGUCGAAGAUCUUGGAAUGCAUGGCCACUCACGCAAGAAUUGCUCUUCAUGGAGUUUGUGGGACGGGCAAGUCCAGUGUGCUGAGAGCAUUGGUCAGUAAUCCCAAAAUCAAAGGGAAGUUUGAUUUCAUCAUUUCCGUAACAGUCUCAAAGUUCUGGACCCCAAACAAGAUACAAGAUCAAAUCAAGCAGCAGCUUCCUGCCUCUUCCGAUGCUAUACCAUUCCAAAUUUUGGAAGGCAAAAGGUUUUUGCUUUUACUGGAUGAUGUUUGGGAAAUGAUUGAUCUACCGAACUUGGGCAUUCCUAAUCUUAGCCUGGAAAAUGGUGGCAUGAUGGUACUUGCAACUAGAGAAUUGAAGGUUUGUUAUGAUAUGGAGGUGACUAAAGUGGUCGAGAUUGAACCUGUCUCCAGAGAAGAGGCCUGGAAACUGUUCCAUGAUCAGGUGGGAGGCAUAGAUGACUUGCCAAAUAUCCACCACUUUGCUCGAGGUAUAGUAGAAGGCUGUUGCGGUCUGCCUUUGUUGAUUAUUGCUACUGGGAGAGCCCUUUCUGAUGAAGAAAAUGUUGCCGUAUGGGAGGAUGCAUUCAAUGAAUUUUCGGUGCCUGGUAGAGAUGUCACAUCUUGUAUGGAGGACCUAAUUCAGCUGUUAAAAUUCAGUUUCGACCGCCUCAAGUCUCGUAGCCUAAAGAGCUGCUUCCUUCAUUGUGCCUUGUUCUCAGAAGAUCAAGAGAUCGAUACUAGAAAAUUUAUUGAAUACUGCAUCAGAGAAGAUUUAAUUGCUGGAACUUGGUCAAAGCCAUAUGCUAGGGGGCAUGAUAUUGUUGAAGCUCUUCAACAUGCUUUAUUGUUGGAAACAGCUGAAGAUGGUCUCUCCAUCAGAAUGCCUUAUGUGAUGAGAGACUUAGCAUUGGGGAUCUUGUCAUCAGACAACAGUGGCCGCCAGUUUCUGCUGCCAGCUUAUUCAAAGCAAUUGGAGCGAGAAGAAAGAUCAUUAUCCACUAAAUUGUUUAUUGAUGAUCAUCAUCGAUUCUUGUGGAGAGUUGCUGCACACCUAACUGAGCUGCCGACCGAGGAAGCAUGGAAAAAAGCCAAGAUGAUGUUUCUGAUUGAUAAUGAGCUGUCCAUUCUACCUGAAAAACCAAAUUUUCCUGCGCUCGAGAUGUUGUUUCUACAAAGGAACAAUCAGCUUAGAGUGUUACCAGAUCUUUUCUUUGACAACAUGCCUUGCCUUGCAGUUCUGAACCUAUCCAAGACCAGUAUCAAAUACUUGCCAAAGUCGAUUUCAAGACUUUCCAAGCUAGAAACACUUAUUCUCCGUGAUUGUGAACACCUAGUCAAGCUCCCCUCUGAAGUCGGAUCCCUUAAACCUCUUCAGGUACUAGAUCUCAGGGGAACAGAGAUCAUUGAAUUACCUGCAAAGAUUGCGGAGCUAGACUCUCUAAGCCACUUGGAAGUAUCCUUGUAUGGAUCUAGCACCUAUAGUGAACAUGAUAAGCUUCCAACCCCAUUCCUUUCUAGACUUGAAGCAUUGGAAACACUCCGCAUAAGUGUGUACCCAGGAGAUAUUUGGUGGCAAAAGAGUGUUGAGUUUAUCAUCAAGGAAGUGAGCAAAUUGAAAAACUUGAGUUCUCUUUCCUUCUAUUUCCCACAAGUGAAGUUUCUUGAGCUGUUCCUCCAAGAAAGCAUAUCAUGGAAGGAAGAAAGACUAACAGAGUUUAAACUUAUUGUUGGCCAUGAUGUCAAGUUUAAUGCACCACGAGUCCCACCAACCGUAAAGCUGAAUUAUAUUUCAGUAUUGGGUCAGUGCUUGAGAUUUGUCAACAGUGAGGAGAUACCAGACGCCGUUCUUCAAGUGUUGGCUCGAUGCACUGCUUUCUAUUUAGAUCAUCAACUCAGCAUCACCAGUCUAUCAGAGUUUGGGAAUGGCACGAUUAACAAGUUGAAAUAUUGUAUAAUAAGUGAAUGCCCACGGCUUGGAACUGUUGUAGAAAGCAAGGAGGGAACUGAAGCUGUAUUUCCAUGCCUGGAGCACUUGAGUAUUCAUUAUUGCUGGAGAUUGGCAUGCAUUUGGGAGGCUGUUGUCCCCAAAGGAAGCUUUGCAGCUCUAAGAAGUCUGUCCUUGUGUACAUGCCCAGAGUUGACAUAUGUUUUCAAAAGCUCAAUGCUGCUGUUCUUUUCUAACUUGGAAGAGUUGAAGGUUGAUGACUGUGAAGCAAUUGAAAAAAUAAUUUCUGAUGAUGAUGAGAUUAGUGAAGCUCGUUGCAUUUCACUCAAGAGUUUAAAACUUCACUAUCUUCCUGAAUUGGUUCACAUUGGGGAAGGUCCUCAGGCUAAGGUCUUGUUUGAAUACAUAGAGGUCUAUGAUUGCCCUCAGUUGAAGCAGAUUUUUGAAGAUUCGGAAUUGAAACAGACUUUGAAAAAAAUCAGAGCUGAUAAGGAUUGGUGGAAUGGAUUAGAGUGGGAAGAACCUGCAGUAGGCUCGUAUUUCGAAGCCGUCUUCAAGGAAGGGAAAGAGUGAUUGGUUCUGUUGUGCCAAACCAUCAUUGGGUCAGUCCAUGUUGGCCACAAGUUAUAAGAAAAGGAACAAUGUGACACUAGCCAGCCGUUAGUUUCCAUUAUUUUCACCAAACUUUAUAGCAAAAUCAAUGGGAACAAGUCUGUGUCAGUUCUCAUGAUCAACUGUGAUGAUGUUUAUUUUGCUAUUUCAUUGCUGUCCGCGUCGAACUCUACUUAUUUCGGAACAUACUAAUUGGAUGAGAAAGGAUUGCAAUUUACUAAAA